CAGAUACACGGGCUCCCGGCAUCUGGGCGAGAGACGGCGAUCCGGGGGAGACAAAUAUCAAUCUGCGGCGCCUGGCCGACCGAGUCGGGCGCGGUGGCGGAAUCGAACAGCUCCACGUCGGGUCGGAGAAGAUUUAAAGAAAAGACAGAGAGACCAAAUUCAGGAACCCAGCAAAUAUAAAUCUGAAAGCCCCAAAAACAGCAAACUGAUAUUAAUAUUAACGUCAGUGAUUAUUCCUGCGUAUCCGGCAGAAAUACGCCAAAAGGGCGCAAGAGAGAGCGAAGGCGCUGCAAAGUAUCACCAUUGCGGUCAAGGCGACUUAGGCGCACCUGAUCUCUGGCUACUCCGAGUGCCAUGUAUAGGUCCACGAAAGGAGCGUCCAAGGCUCGAAGGGACCAGAUCAAUGCCGAGAUUCGGAACCUGAAGGAGCUUCUGCCGAUAUCCGAUGCGGACAAAGCCAGACUCUCAUAUCUACACAUAAUGUCGCUUGCCUGCAUGUACACCAGAAAGUCGGUCUUCUUCUCGAAAGAAGCCGUUGAAGCUGGAAAUGAAGAGAGCGCAAGGUUUCUCUCCUUCCAUGAGCUGUUGGAGGUGAUGCAUUCGGUACCAGGCUUUUUACUUCUAUUGACCGGAGAGGGGAAGCUGCUCUACCUGUCAGAUAGCGUCGCCGAGCAUCUUGGACACUCCAUGGUGGACCUGGUUGCCCAGGGUGACAGCGUGUAUGAGAUCAUCGACCCCGCUGAUCACGCGAUCAUGAGGAGCAAUCUGUCUUCAACAACCACAGGAGACACAGACCGGCUGUUUCGCUGCCACUUCAACACGUCGAAGUCCGUCCGCAGGCAGAGCGCCGGAAACAAGCUCGCGCUGGUCCGCGCACGCUGCCUGUCGUUCCCUAGCCCCGCCUCCUCACCUGGCUCCUAUUGGACCACCAAUCCGGUGUGGGUGUGCUUCUGCGCCCCGCUGGAGCCCCACCCACCCCGCUCUGUGCUCACCAGGGAGCCCAAGCCGAGCCCCUUAGCUGACCACAGCUUUUUUUUGGCCAGCUUCUACUCCCAGCACAGCCGGGACAUGAGACUGCAGGAUGCACAGGACAGUCUGACGGUUUACCUGGGUUUCGACGUGGCGACACUACGCUCCCGCUCCUGGUACAGCCUCCUGCAUCCAGAAGACCUCUCCCACGCGUCUGCCCAGCACUGCUACCUGCUGAGUGACGGAAGUGAGGGGCGGGUGGAGGCAGUGGUCCGCGUGGAGGCUGCCGACCAAUCGUGGGUGUGGCUUUACAUGGUGCUGCAGCUCGAGGCUGGAGAAAACAUCAUCAACUCCCACAACUAUGUCAUCAGUGAAGCUGAGGCAUGGGCUGUGAGGCAGCAGCUAUGCUCAGAGCAGACCCAGCUCAGCCUGGUACUGAGUUCCAGCACUUCCUACCAAGACAGCCUGAGCCUGCAGUCUCCAGACACUCUGUCCAGCCCAGAUCAGGUCUUCACGCCGGGCAGCAGCGGCCUGUCCGCCCAGUCUUUCGACUUCAGCGUCGCCGUUUGUGCCACACAUUCCUCCGAAGAACCAGCAGGUGGCGCCGCUGAGCCCAUGCAGGUGGAAGCUGGCCCACGUUCAAGCAUCUCCUCUCUGGAAGACGACAGCUUCUUUCAGCAGCCCCCUGCUGGCCCCGCCUCCAGCCCCACCUCCACGUCCUCUCCGACUCCAGUGACUGUUGCCACGGUGUCCGACUUAGACUUUCUUACCCAGAACAUAUUCCUGCCUCCAUCCUUCCCGCUUGAGCCCCCGUUACCUGCUCUCCCUCUGCCUCUUCCCCCUCUCCCAAUACCCCAGUCCCAGCAGGGGAAGGAGUUCGUCUGCACACCGCCUUACACCCCUCAGCUGGCAGGGGGCAGCUUCCACUUUGGAGAUCAGCUCCUCAGCUUUGAUCUCACCAGUCCCUCCAGCCCGUCAUCACUGGACCCAGCAGCCACUCCCCCGAUCUCGACGGCCCUGCCCCCAUCUCCCUCUGACCCCAUAACCACCGCCAGCAAUCCCUCCACCCCCACUAGGCAGUCUCCCCUCCAGUCCCUCUCGCUCCCUCCUCUCUCCUCUGAGCUGCUCUUCACAGCAGAUCCUUGCAGCAGUUCCCUCUAUGAGAAGCUGCCCCCCACCCCAGACAGCCCCGGAGAUGGCGACUGCACCAUCAUGACUCUGCCGGAAGUCCGUGGGCCCCUCUACGUGGACGUGCCAUUAAGGCCUUUCCAUUACCCCCCAGACGGUCUCCUCACCCCAGAAGCCUCUCCAGGAAAGCAAUCCUGCCUUUCUUUCUUCUCCGUGGAGAAAGAGAAGGAGAAAGAGAGAACGGAGAUUUCUCUCCUCGCCCAGCAGAUUAGCUCCUUAGCAGAAGGAUUCUACUCGGACCCCACAUUUCCAAAACUUGCCCCCUCCUCCCCAUCGGCGUCCCCUACUGACCCACAUCCCCCCACUAUCCUGGAAUCCAUGUCACCCCAAACUGAAUUCCAGCCUGUCAAGUCUUGGAAAGGUGUAGACCUCGCCCUGUUUCCAGACGACAUCUCUCUGUUUGAAGAGAGUGUUUUAAAUUCCCUCCUCCAGGACCUUUCCUCUUGUUCACCCUCCCCCUGCCCUUCCUCCCUAGCCCCUUGCUGCCCCCCCUCUUCACCCCCUACCCCAGUAUGCUGGCUCCCACCCCCCCACGUUGAAGGGGGCUCCGUUGUGGGCACGAGCCACAUCUGUAGCGUCCAAUCGGCGCACUGUAACUGCCAGGCGGGGAGUGGGGCGAUGGGCCCUGCCAAUGUUGGGGCACUAGGAGGCGGGCAGCCGACGGAGGGGGAAAUGAUGGAGGUAGAAAUUGUGCCAUCGCCACAUUUCUCCUCCUCGCCCAUCCCAGAGUCACCGCCCCCACGCAUAACCGCUAGCCCGACCUCCACCCCUGGCACGCCUGUUACCCCCGUGGCCCCUGGCCUGCCUUGCGCCCAGUCCCUCCUGGAGGAGCUGGCCGCCCUGGAACCCAUGUUUGGGGCAGGUGCCUCGAUUGCCCCUGGACUGGGGCAACAACCUGAGUUGUAUCAACUCCAAUGUUGCCCACCGCCACAGAACUUCCAGGAAGGUGAGGGUCCAGCCAAUCGUCUGGCAUUCACUGUGCAUGCAUAUAUUUUAAGAUGCAACAUGCCUUUCGUGCUUUUAGUCAUAAUGUAAAUCUAAGGCUUUGAGGUUUGGGGUUAAUCUAUACUGUACUGACCUCUCGCUCUCCUCUGUCAUUUUGUCUUUCAGAUGGAAGCGGAAGUGAUCCUCAGUUCUAAAUAAGUCUGUGACUUACUUCAUAAAGUAUGGCACAUUGUCAUAUUUCGUGGAGCUACUGCUUUUGCCGAAAAGUCAACAACAUUUAACUGUAUGAUUAUAUACAUAAUGUAUAUACAAGCAAAAGGACAUUUAUUUACCUGUCUGAUGCGAACCAAGACUGUCUUCUACUUUUGUUAAUUUAUUUAUGAGUAUAUUUGAACAAUGGUUCAACCAUUUGACUGAGUGGAUCUGAGCCUGGACUGGGUUGUGUUCCAGUUUGUGAGAAGCCACUUUCCUGUAACACAAGCUUCGGCUCUGAUAAGGCAGAGACUUGAAGUCGACUCGAAUUGUAAGCACAAUUCAGUUAGCAGACAUAUUUGUAUUCACUCGUAGUGAGGAACUUCUAUUCUGAACUUUGAAGCAAAAGUUUUUCCAUGCUCUUGAUAAAAAAAAGCCUGUUUCUAAAUAAUGUUUGUCAUCCAGCAACAAACACAAACGGCAGAAGGUACCUAAUCACAUGGAAAUGAAUCUAAAACCUAAACUGGGCAGCUCAGAUCAACAGCCUGCUUCCUCAUCUCUUGUGGGGAUUCCUCAAUGGCCAUGGCAGAAAGCACAAAUACUUUAUUCGACCUGUAAAGCACAAUCAAAGUCAGUUCCGAAAGCCUCUGUGCUUUGAGUUUGUGGCUGCAGCGUAUGACAUAGUAUUACUGAUUAAUCUACGACUCGCGUGCUGUAAAAAUAACGAACGACAAAGUGUCAGCAUCCACUGCAAAAAAUGGGGGAGUUGUACCUCGUAUUUUUCCUCAGAGAUAUGUCAACAAUAUGCCAAGUGGAGAACAGCGGGGUCCCCGCCUUUUGUAUUUUAAUUGUGUGUUAUAAUGAAGCGGCUGCCUACAUUGACCGCUGCCCUGAGACAGAGGCAGACCGAGGCUAACGCUGUGUACGUUCGAGGUUGUACUCUGCGUCUCACAGGCCAAGUCUUCGGCCGUUCGGGUACCCAGCUGGUUUGAGACGGGUUUUUUGCGACAUCAAUAUUUGCAAUGCCGGCAACAUUCCUGGCUUCUCGGACCAGCGUGGCUUACCCGCCAAUCCCUGCUCCCUUCUUAGCGAUAGUCCUUUGUGAAUACUCAGCCAGGUGAUACCUUGCCGGCGAGUGGAUGCCACCAUUGCAUUGUGGGUGUUUCCCCUCUGCUUGGUGUCGUGUCCUGGUUGACAGCUGUUUGUAUGAAUGGUUGAUUCUUCUUUUUUGAGGGGAAAAAUCAAAAGUUACUUGAAGCUUUUUGUUUUAAAAAAAUGAACUGGAAAACGGGGAUGGGGUACUAUUUCCAUUCAGUUUCUAAGCGACACGGUUGAGAAUGAUUCUAUUCCCAUGGUGUCGACUCGCUAACGUAGAGUUGUCUACGGUAAAGUAAAGGAUUCAUUCCUACGUUCUAGCUAUUUAAGUGCUAAGUUUAAGAAAAAAAAAACUUUUAGAACAAUCUUGUAUGCGUGAUGACUGAAAAAUCAACGUUGUUCAAUAUACAUGCAUUUCUAUGGACAUAAUGUAUAUGCUGUACAGCGAUUCACAUGUCGUGGAGCUAAAUGACUGUAAAAAUGUGUACAUUUCUGUACAUAUACAUGUAAAUAUCAGAGAAUUUUUAUUAUAUGAAGCAGAUUAUACCGGAAGUAUAUCCAUGAAGAAUGGACAUUGUGGACCAGUGUUCGUUUUUGUGUUGCUGAUAAGUGUAUUUGGUGGUCAAAUGCAUUUAUAUUAAACUGCUCUUGAGGCGGCGUUAUAUUUGUGUCCUUGCUUCCUGUUACUGGAGUCCUUUCCCCGCACUGUUAUCCUUCCCCUCUUCCCACCGUCUUUCCUCCUGCCUGCCAGCAUCCGCUGCCUCUCCCUCGCAGCCCAGAUGUCCCGCUCCUCGCGCGCCGCGAUAGCAUUGACGCACUCGCCCGACGUGCCGCGCGGCGGCGAUGCCGCCUG